CAACAUGCGCAACCUACUCGCCCACAUGGGUACCAAACUCAGACAAGACCUAUCUAUGUGAUUGGGAACAACAUUCCCCAGCAACAUAGAGUGCAUCCUACUCAUCUAUAUACAAGGACUGAGUCUAUGAGCACAGUUGCUUCUCACAAACCUCAACAUGCACAGCAACCUCAGCAGAGAGUGGUGCGUAAAGAGCCUCAGGUGAAGCCCAUCAACAGGUACGCCCCUCCAGAUUACAUGACACUAAUGUAUCACCCCACUCCCACACUGGAGGACCUGGGGUUAACCAGUUAUCUGGACAGUCCUCCCUCAUCACCCAGAAGUAGGUCACCAGCUCGGGAGGACAAAACGGCGGAUUCUCAACCAGAGCAAGAGUCGGCAAGGAGGGUCUUACCAGCAUGGGACGCACCAACAAAUGACUUUUUCGACCAAGAAUCCAAGACAACUAACUCGCAAGCUAGAGAUUUCAGGAUAGCUGUGUCAGCUGACAAACAGUCAUCAAAGAUUGACACUGUAUCAGAGGCCAAAACGUCCGCGUUGAAUGUGACCAAUCAGAUGAGUGAGAGACACCAGACAAAUGUGACCAAUCAGAUGAGUGAGAGACACCAGGCACAUUUGACCAAUCAGAUGAGUGAGAGACACCAGGCGGUCUCACACACUCAGAUGAAUAAGCAUUUGGCAACAAAUGUUGAACCUCAAAGAUAUGUCCCAAGCUUUGCUCCAAAAGGCUGGGACCCAACUACCAAGUCAUCAAAGUCCUUACAAGGACCUGCAUCAACGGAUUCUGUAAUUAAUGCUACGUCUAUACCUGCCACAUUCACUGCGCCCAUUUCAAAGUCAUUCACAGGCCAACCAACAAAUAACAAAAGACCAGGGUCUGGUUCUACAUUGGCUGAGAAUCCGGAGAAACGGGCAUGCAAUUGGUCAAUGAUUGCUGAACAAUAUUCGACAGAAAGUCGUCAGUCUGUAAAUCAGGAGCAAAGACGUGACGCAUUGUACAGACGCUACAACAAAGACGAGCGUUCACAGACGCAUGCCACAAAGCGUCACCAAAAUCAUGACGCAAUGUAUCAGGAGCAUACUGAUGUCCAGAGUCACAACCAGACAUUUGAUCAGAUUCUGGCUGAGCAGAUGGCUAGACAAGCUGAACUCAAAAGCAAGAAUCAUAACCAAUCUCAGACUGGCACCAGUAUAAACGAGGAAAAAAGCACGUGCCAACCUAUGACAAAAUCAAGUCUGCCCGCUGUCAACAUGGACGACCUGUUUGGUGGAUUGUCACCUUACAGCUGCUGGAAUCAGUCUGCACCAGAAGAGCCGAGGUUUUCAUAACUUCCGGUCAUAGUGCUGCUAAACUUAACUCAUGCAGUCAUAAUUGCUGCAGAACCCCUGUGUUACGACAAACAAUUACAACACCACGAUGAACUGUUCUGAUUCCUUGAGAAGAGAAAAUCUGUGAUAUUCUCAGAGAUUUAACUACCAUGUCUUUCAUUACAUUGUCUGUGAUAAUGACGCAUUUUUUUCAUGACAGUUGCUUUUAUCUGUUUAUUUUUUUUUUUCGUUUUUAUAUUUUUUUUUGA